GCGACCACCACUCUCCCCGAUCGGCUAGGGCGGGGUUUCUGACCGCGUCCUGGACAGAUGGCACCACUUCCUUCAGCACAGGCACCCACGCGAGGCCUAUGAGAAGGGCUGGCCUUCCCUCUUGGCUCUUACUGAGGCUGGCGCGUUUGUUGUUGAGAUGCCAUGUGGGCACGGCAGAUUCCCAAUCAAGGAACCAUGGUCUCAGCGAACAGUGUCUUGAGCUCCGGUCUUCGACACAUCCAGAAUGUCAUGCUUCUCAAAGGUUGCCCGAUCCCUAUGUGUAUGGCUAUGCACUACCAUAUGUCCUCUGACGCAGCUGCGGCCAUUGUGUGCCGCUCAAUAGCACCUUUAUAGCAUCUGUGAGCUUAUGCCUGCUCCUUCCCUGAUCGAUCGAGCCGGGCGCCGAGACGAGACAUCUUGCUGCGUCUCACUCGGCCGUUAGGCCCGCUGGCCGGGCUCGGAGUCGAUGAGACACCCCCUCAGCCAUGCGUCACGUAGAGCCCGUGUGGGAGCAGCGUGACACGGCGUCCACCGCGAGCUUAUUGUCUCUGUAUUCGGGAACCCCUUCGUCGUGGACUGUAUUGUCCGUUGGGCGCAUAACGGCUCUGCUGCUGACGCAUCCCAGAACUAACAAACAGCAGAACUCCACCGACCCACUGAAAACGUGGCCCCACACCCGUCGCCUGCACUUAAUAGUCAAUACCCCUGAGCUGAUCGACUCGGAUCCGUUGUAUAGGCAUCAACAGAUGUAUUUAUGUGUAGUCUUAGAAUAAUUUUGACAGCGCUGUGGAUACUGACCCCCUGUGUCCCUCAGCGCUGUGGAUACUGAGACUGACUGACCCCCUGUGUCCUUCAGCGCUGUGGAUACUGAGUACUGACCCCCUGUGUCUCUCAGCUCUGCGGCGAUGGUGCCGCCCUCGCGGCUCUCGCAGCUGUUUGUGCGGCCGGACGAUGCCGAGCCGAUGGAGUUCCACCUGCUGGCGGGCCUGCCGCGCCCGGAGCGCUGCCGGCUGCAGGCGCUGGUGGAGGACCACGGCGGCGCGCUGGUGGCCAACCCGGCGCGCUGUCCGCACGCAGUCACUCUGGGCGCCGGCACGCCGGGAUCGCAGCCGCGGCCGGCCGUCUCCGACCGGCCCGACACCUUCAGCACCCAGUUCCUGGACGAGUGUGUGCGCCGCGGCCGGGUGGUGAGUCUGUGCCCGUUCCGGCUGCAGCCCACCUCGCUGUACAGCCGGCCGGGCCAGGUGAACGCCGUGCUGCUGGGACGCUGCGCCCGCUCCGACCUGGCCGUGGUGACGGCGCUGCCCGACUCCGACUCGGACGACGAGCUGCGGCUGCUGACGGCCGCCGGGGAGCCGGGCCGCGGCGCCGCGCCCUACCGCGGCCGGCUCCGCUUCAGCCGCGAGAAGGACGAGGCGCUGGUGCGCUUCGUGGCCGAGCACGGCUGCCAGCGCUACGCGCCGCCGACGGCGCCCAAGUUCUGGCACCUGAAGGCGUUCCUGCUGCCGGCGCUGCUGGCCGACCAUCCGCCACUGUCGCUGCACACCCACUUCAUCAAACAGGUGAGGCCGCGGCUGGCCGACUUCAAGUCGACGGUGCCGGUGCACCUGGUGGCGCGGGCGGCCGAAGCCACGGCCACGCGUCUGGCGCUCACUGAGGACGAGCGGCGUGCCGUGGAGCAGCGCGAGCGGGACGACAGCCGGCAGCGGCAGCGGCGGCUCCGGCAGCGGCCCAGCUCCGCCGGCGACUCCGACACCAGCGCCGACGACCUGCUCUGCGUCACCGACUCGGAGAGCGAGCCGGGCCGCGCCACCGCCGCCCCGGCCGACACUCCCGCCGGCUCCGAAGCCGCUUCUGCCGCUGAAACGGCCGCUGUGAGCACGGUGCUGGAGACGGCCCCCAGUGCUGAGGGUGCUGAACUGGAGACUGCCCCCAGUGCUGAAGGUGCUGAACUGGAGAUAUCCCCCAGUGCCGAGGGUGCUGAACUGGAGACGGCCCCCAGUGCCGAGGGUGCUGACCUGGAGACGGCCCCCAGUUCUGAGGGUGCUGAACUGGAGACGGCCCCCAGUGCCGAGGGUGCUGAACUGGAGACGGCCCCCAGUGCUGAGGGUGCUGAACUGGAGACGGCCCCCAGUUCUGAGGGUGCUGAACUGGAGACGGCCCCCAGUGCCGAGGGUGCUGAACUGGAGACGGCCCCCAGUGCCGAGGGUGCUGAACUGGAGAUGGCCCCCAGUGUCGAGGGUGCUGACCUGGAGACGGCCCCCUGUGCCGAGGGUGCUGAACUGGAGACGGCCCCCAGUGCCGAGGGUGCUGAACUGGAGACGGCCCCCAGUGCCGAGGGUGCUGAACUGGAGAUGGCCCCCAGUGUCGAGGGUGCUGACCUGGAGACGGCCCCCUGUGCCGAGGGUGCUGACCUGGAGACGGUCUCCAGUGCCGAGGGUGCUGAGCUGGAGACGGCCCCCGGUGCUGAGGGUGCUGAGCCGGCCGCCGAGGGCGCUGAUUUGACGACAGCCCCGGCCGCGUUAGGUGACGAGUCGGACUUUGUCCCGCCGACCAGCCCAUCGGAGUGCUCGUCUUGUGGCGACAGCGAUGAGACGGUACGUAUCCCGGCAGCCGUGCAGCAGGUUAUGGCGGCGCGCUGGAGCGGCGGCGCCGCGCGGCCCUCCUAUUCGCCGAUACUGUCGCGCCACACCAGGCGCCGCCGCCGGCCGCCAGCCGCCGGAGCCGCCGCUGGGAGCCCGCAGCUCUCCCCGGAGCUGGCCCCGGAGCCGGAGCCGGAGCCGGCGCUCGGCGACUCCCGGCGCUCCCUCUCGCCGGCGUUCCAGUCGGCGUUGUCCGAUUCAGACGCAGCCGGGCCGAGCCACGCGGCGGACGCACAGCGGACAGACACCACGCGCCGGCUGCGCAGCUUCCGAAUGCGCCGCCGGGCGGGUGAGGGCGGCUCCCCGCGCGCCGCCCGCCGACCGGAGCCCGGCGGAGAGCCGACGGCAGGCUCCCCCAGCCGGCGGGCGCGCGACGCGGGCCGCCGGGGCCGCCGGCUCUACAGCCACCCGCCGCUGCCGGAGGAGUACCCGGAGCGCGCGGCCGCCGGGCGCCGGCUGCGCUCGGCCAGUGGCUCAGGGAGCUCGGCGUCGAGCUCGGACGACUUCCAGCCGCCGCCCAGGAAGGCGACACGGCUGGACGGCGAGCGGUCUGCCCAGCCCGGCCCGUCCGGCCUGAGACCGGCGCGGAGAAGUCGCCGGCUGAGCUCCUCCGACAGCGCCGCCAGCCCGGACCCGGCGCGGCGUUCACGCCGACUGGGCUCCUCCGACAGCGCCGCCAGCCCGGACCCGGCGCGAAGUCGCCGGCUGAGCUCCUCCGACGGCGCCGCCAGCCCGGACCCGUCUCGGAGAAGUCGCCGGCCGAGCUCCCCCGACAGCGCUGCCAGCCCGGACCCGUCUCGGCCGGCGCGGAGAAGUCGCCGGCUGAGCUCCUCCGACGGCGCCGCCAGCCCGGACCCGUCUCGGCCGGCGCGGAGAAGUCGCCGGCUGAGCUCCUCCGAUUACGGCGGCGACGCUGAUUCGUCUGCGCGGUCGCGGCGCGAGCGGCAGGCGUACUCGUGGGCCGAGGAGGAGGUGCUGCUGCGCCGGGUGCUGGCCGAGCAGGCGGCCGGCGGCCUGCUGGGCGGCCGACGCGUCUGGGAGCGGCUGCAGGACAGCGGCGUGCUGCCGGGCCGCUCCUGGCAGUCCCUGAAGGAGCACUGGCGCCGGAUGGCGCCGCGGCUCCGCAACAGCGCCCGGCUGACCGAGAGCCAGCGGCGCCAGCUGUGCCGCGCGCUGCGCCGGCCGGCCGGGCCGGGCCGCCGCGGCGCGCCGGCGCGGCCCUACACGCGCGCCGAGGACCUGGCCAUGCUGCGGUACCUGCAGGAGGAGCCGCGCCGCGCGCUCGGCGUCUCGGGCCGCGCGCUGUGGCAGGAGAUGGCCGCGGCGCUGGCCAGGCCCGGCCGGCCCACCAGGAGCUGGCAGUCUUUGAAAGAGCGCUUCCACAAGCGGAUCGCGCCGGCGCUCCGCGAGUACCGGGAGGUGGACAGCGCCUUCCGCCGCUCCCUGGCCGACCGGCUGUGCCUGUGACGGCCGCGCACUUUUUAUCGGUUCGUGCGUGCAGUGGGUGUGUGUCUGCAUGCUCGUGUGGUUGGCUGUGAUCAUCGCAUCGCCUGUUUGGUAGGUACGACACGUUGGGGGUAACGCCGCGCGCUCAUGAGCUUUUGUUUUCACGGCCUACGAUCGACUGAAAAGUCAGUGUACAAAACUUUGUAUAGUGCACAGCCAAGAUAUAUCUUAAUACAAUAAUUUUCGUAUA